AUUUGAAAGAAGGCUCCCAUCUGCUGGUUUGUUCCUUAAAUGCCUGCUACGGCUGGGGCUGGGCCAGGCUGAAGCUAGGAGCUGGGAACACUCCGGAUCCUCCGUGUGUGAGGCAGCAUGCAAGUACCCGAGCCAUCACUGCUGCCUCCCGGGGUGCACGCUGGCAGGAAGCUGGAGCCAGGAGAACAGCUGAGGCGCAACCCCAGGCCCUGCCCCCAGGGAUGCAGGUGUCUUGAGUGCAUCUGAACUAUUGCACCACACGCCCGCCCUGGUUUCCCGUUUCAGUGCUCCGUGCCUGGUGACUUGAUGUCUCACCUAAAAGGAGAAUCUGCAAGUUCAGCGGUGAAGGAGAAGCCGGCCCGGCCUUCCGUGCGCUGACCUAACCCUGGCCGGCCCUGAGCUGUCUGAGCGCGAGCCCUGCCUUCUCCAGGCUUGGGAGAACUCACUUGUGAGUUAAGCAAAGACCACGGGAGGCCCUGUGCUCCGCAUGGAGAGAAAAGGGGUAUAUUCUGCCUUCCAGAGGAAGGCCCCCCUCCUCCUCCUCCUGUGCCCAUGGACUUCGUUUUUCUCCCCGCCUGAUGAGGGUGGAUCAAGGCCAAGCUGCGUGUUCAGGGGGAGCUGGGUAGGGAUGCGAGCGAGGGGCAGAGAUGGAGCUUCUCUCGGGAGCGGAAGUAAUUAAUUCUGAGAGGGCGGAGGUGGGAAGCCCUUGGUAACACAACGUGGAACGCCGAGUGCGGGUGGCUGCAAAAGAAACCCCAGCGUGCAGAGCUGCCCUCCUUCACUCGUUCACUUGUCACUGAGCCGGAACUCCUUGAGCACCUACUGUGUACAGGCAGGAGCCAUCAGGAGAGGGCUCAGCAGCUGGGUCAGGGACAGGAAGGGGGGCAGCGUCCUGGCACCAGGGACCCCCUCAGUGGCUGAGGGUGGCGGCGACUCGGGUGGAAGCUUUAGCUGUUUCAAUAGCAGCAGCUGUCGGCCCUGGGUACACGCGACCCGCGCGUUUCAGCAUGGGUUAAAUACGAUGUUGUCCGUGUGCCCUGCCAUUAGCUGGUUGCAUUGUUCCCUGCUCAAGUUCUGUCCUCAGCAGGGAGAAUGAGAUCAGCCCCUCCCUUGCGGUGUCUGUUGUGAGAUCACGGAAUCGCCCUGGCAACAGACUGUGAUGUCAGCACCGUGCCUGGCGCUGCUGGUCACAAAGGAAUCUGUCGUGUGCAGACAGAAGGGGACCGCCCGGGAAGGCGGGGAACCGAAAUCUGAUCUCAGAAAGAACAUCUUGGCAGCGCGAGGUGACAGCGGGCCCAGCGCCUGCUUGGCUUGAACACUUUGCAAACAACCCCAAGCCUUCACGAGGACUGUGGGGAGAGCAGCCUUGCUCCGAGGCAGGAGUGAGCGAGCAUCUGAGCGAGAGGCCCCGCAGUGCCAGGAUCCGAAGGCCCAGAGGGCAUUGGGAAAGGGGAAGAUGUGACCCCCAUGACCCCUGAAUUCGGCUCUCCCUGCCCCCGAGCGGACCGGCUGGGAUGCAUCAUGUGGCGUCCGGGAAGAUUUUCAGCACUAAUCACGCUGCCCCCUCCCUCUGCAGCCCCAGUCGCUGCCCUCGUCCUUGCACGCACAGGCAGGGAGAUUUCUUCCAUUUUGUCCAAGCGGAGAAACCCAGGCCUCGCCACCAGCUCUGGCUCCGCCGCAUCCAUGCCUGCUGGCUGGACUCGUCCCCCAUCAGCCGGGCCACCUGGUGCCGUGUCCGAGGGGCACGUCGGGGGCACGGUCACGGUUGCUUCCUUCAUGAUUGCCCCUGCCGGGCAGGAGGAGGCUGGGCAGGCUGAGGAGAGACGGGAGACCUGCUUGUUAAUCUUGGCUUCCCAGCAGCGGCAGCAGCAAGGACAGCAAAGGACCCCGGCGCUCCCUCUAAGCCCUGCACCCGCACGCUCUAAAGGCUCCUGGAGAAGCUUCGUGGCGUUGGGCUGAGCGCCCGAGUCCGGGGCUGGGAGCCGGGAGCAGGCAGCCGCGCGCUAUCUGCCUGCAGGUCGGGCUGGCGGGAGUUUGUGCGUGCAGAUGGGGACACAGCCGCGUGCGCCUCCGCCCACCCAGCCACUCCAUGUCCUUAGCGCAGUGAGGUCGGACUACCUGGAAGUGGUACACCUGCUCUGAGGCUGCCUGUGUCUCCUUCAGCAUCUUCUCCUUGGGAACCUGACCUGGGAGGAUUCCAUCCCCUCUCUGCUCCACUCUGGCCGCCGGUAUCUGAUCAGCGGUGUUCCGGCUGAAUGCUCGGGGAGCCACAGGCCCCCUCGGGUACCUGGGCAACCCUCACCUCCACCCAGGGAGAGCCCCCUGUCCCUUCUCCAGCGCCAGAGCCCAGAGCCAGGAGGGGGAGCCGAGAGUCUGUGCCGCCGACUGCCCUGCCUCUCUGCCACAGCGUUGCCGGUUGAGCCGGAGGACUGACUUCUCAGAGGGAUGGUAGGAGCAGGGCGGCUGGCGGGUCCUCCGAGGCUGCCGGACUGGGGGCAGAGCUGCCAAAAGGAUGCUCAAGUUUCGGGCGGAUCGCCGGGUCAGCCACAAUGAGAGACAGAACACAUUUCUGCACCCAGUGACCGGCCAGGUCCCGGAAGAAAACAAAAAAUUUGACUUGAAAACCUCGGCCUUGGACAUGUCCAAUAAAGCAGGCGGGAAACGCCCAGGUACCAGUGACAGUGACAUAUCCAACCACACCAUGGUGUCCGAGGUCCCUCCAGAGCGGCCCAGUGUCCGGGCCACUCGGACGUCCCGCAAAGCCAUCGCCUUUGGCAAGCGCUCACACUCCAUGAAGAGGAACCCCAAUGCACCUGUCACCAAGGCAGGCUGGCUCUUCAAACAGGCCAGCUCCGGGGUCAGGCAGUGGAACAAGCGCUGGUUCGUCCUGGUGGACCGCUGCCUCUUCUACUACAAAGAUGAGAAGGAAGAGAGCAUCCUGGGCAGCAUCCCCCUCCUGAGCUUCCGGGUCGCCGCCGUGCAGCCCUCGGACAACAUCAGCCGGAAGCACACGUUUAAGGUGACUGUGUACUGGGUGGAGGAGGCCGGGGCCAGUUCCACGCGCUGCCUCUCCCCGCAGGCCGAGCACGCCGGCGUCCGCACCUACUUCUUCAGUGCCGAGGGCCCCGAGGAGCAGGAGGCCUGGAUCCAGGCCAUGGGGGAGGCUGCCCGAGUCCAGAUCCCUCCAGCUCAGAAGUCAGCGCCCCAGCCCGUGCGUCAGGGCCACGAGAAGCCAGACUCCGAGAACAUCCCACCCGGCAAGCAGCACCAGCAGCCACCCCACAACAGCCUGCCCAAGCCCGAGCCCGAGGCCAAGACCCGAGGGGAGGGGGACGGCCGGGGCUGCGAGAAGGCGGAGCGCAGGCCCGAAGUCAAGAAGGAGUCCCUGGGCAAAGCCGGCGGCAUCCCGGCUGAGCCCGGCUCGGAGCCAGGCAGCCCUUACCCGGAGGGCCCGAGGGUCCCCGGGGGAGGGGAGCCGCUGGCCCAGCCCAAUGGCUGGCAGUACAGCUCCCCCAGCCGGCCGGGGAGCACAGCGUUCCCACCUCAGGACGGGGACAGCGGGGGCCUGCGCCGGAGCUUCCAGCCACGCACCAACCCAGACAAAAUCGCCCAGCGCAAGAGCUCCAUGAGCCAGCUGCAGCAGUGGGUGAACCUGCGCCGGGGCGCGCCCCCACCGGAGGACCUGCGGAGUCCCUCCAGGUUCUACCCCGUGUCCCGCAGAGCCCCCGACUAUUACGGCCCCUACUCCUCCCAGUACCCUGAGGAUUACCAGUACUACCCGCCCGGGGUGCGGCCGGACAGCAUCUGCUCCGUGCCCGCCUACGACCGGAUCAGCCCUCCCUGGGCCCUGGAGGACAAACGCCACUCCUUCCGCAACGGGGGCGGCCCUGCCUACCAGCUGCGCGAGUGGAAGGAGCCCGCCGGCUACGGGCGGCCGGACGGCUGCAUGUGGAUCCCCAGCCCCUCGCGGCAGCCGAUGUACUACGACGAGCUGGACGCCGCGGCCGGCUCCCUGCGCCGCCUGUCCCUGCAGCCCCGCUCCCACUCGGUGCCACGCUCGCCCAGCCAGGGCUCCUACAGCCGCGCCCGCAUCUACUCCCCGGUCCGCUCGCCCAGUGCCCGUUUUGAGCGGCUGCCGCCUCGCAGCGAGGACAUCUACGUGGACCCUGCCGCCUACGUGAUGCGCCGAUCCAUCAGCUCCCCCAAGUAUGAUUACCUGGGAGACAGGCGGCCAGCCCCUGCAGGACUGCUCCCCCACAACUACCCACCAUCCCCCUCGGUCCACGAUAAGAUGGAUGAACUUUUAGAUCUUCAGUUGCAAAGAAACCUAGAGUAUUUGGAUCAGCAGAUGAGUGAGAGCGAGACACUCAUCAGUAUGGUGAACCGCAUGGUGGAGAACUCCUCCCCCAGGGCCCAAGUCUUCAUGCAAGUCCCUCCGUACCCAGAAGUAUUCCGGGACGGCCUCCACACCUUCAAGCUGAACGAGCAAGACACAGACAAGCUGCUGGGCAAACUGUGCGAGCAGAACAAGGUGGUGCGCGAGCAGGACCGGCUGGUGCAGCAGCUCCGGGCGGAGAAGGAGAGCUUGGAAAGUGCCUUGAUGGGGACCCACCAGGAGCUGGAGAUGUUCGGCAGCCAGCCGGCCUACCCGGAGAAGCUGCUGCACAAGAAAGAGUCGCUGCAGAACCAGCUCAUCAACAUCCGGGUGGAGCUGUCUCAGGCGACCACGGCCCUGACGAACAGCACCGUGGAGUAUGAGAACCUCGAGUCGGCGGUGUCUGCCCUGCACGACGGCCUCUGGGAGCAGCUCAAUUUGGACCCGCAGAAUGAGGCGCUUUCGCGGCAAAUCCAGAAGGAGAUCUGGCGGAUCCAGGACGUCAUGGAGGGGCUGCGGAAGAACAACCCGUCCCGGGGCACGGACACCGCCAAGCACAGGGGAGGACUCGGCCCCUCGGCCACCUACAGCUCCAACAGCCCCGCCAGCCCUCUCAGCUCCGCCAGCCUCACCAGCCCCCUGAGCCCCUUUUCCCUGGUGUCUGGCUCCCAGGGGUCCCCCACCAAGCCCAGCUCCAACGAGGAACCUGGCCCGCCUCGGCCGCCCCUCCCCAAAGCCUACGUCCCCCUGGAGUCCCCUCCAACCGUCCCUCCACUCCCUAGUGAGAGCCGCUUCUGGCCCUACCCCAACUCCCCUUCCUGGCACCGCAGUGGCGAGACAGCCAGGGGUCAGGGCCAGACAAGCUACGAGCAGAGCAAGAAAGACCCUCUCCAGGUGUCGCCCCUGGACGCCCCCAGAGACAUCAGCCUGGUGCCCACCAGGCAAGAGGUGGAGGCAGAAAACCAGGCAGCACUCAACAAAGUCGGCAUUGUGCCCCCGCGGACGAAGUCGCCCGCCGACGAGGAGGUGACCCCAUCGGCCGUGGUCAGGAGGACGGCCAGCGGGCUCAGCAAUGGCCUGUCCUCUCGGCAGGAGCGCCCCAAGAGCGCGCUGUUUCCCAGCGAGGGGAAGGUGAAGAUGAGCGUGGAGGAGCAGAUUGAGCGAAUGCGGCGGCACCAGAGUGGCUCCAUGAAGGAGAAGCGGAGAAGCCUGCAGCUCCCCGCCAGCCCAGCGCCGGACCCCAGCCCCCGGCCUGCCUACAAAGUGGUGCGCCGUCACCGCAGCAUCCACGAGGUCGACAUCUCCAACCUGGAGGCGGCCCUGCGUGCAGAGGAGCCCGGCGGGCAGGCGUACGAGACGCCGCGGGAGGAGAUCGCCCGGCUGCGCAAAAUGGAGCUGGAGCCGCAGCACUACGACGUGGACAUCCAGAAGGAGCUCUCCACCCCAGACAAAGUCCUCAUCCCUGAGCGGUACAUUGACCUGGAGCCCGACGCGCCCCUGAGCCCCGAGGAGCUGAAAGAGAAGCAGAAGAAGGUGGAACGGAUCAAGACGCUCAUUGCCAAGUCCAGUAUGCAGAACGUGGUGCCCACCGGCGAGGGGGACUCUCUGGACGUGCCCCAGGACUCAGAGAGCCAGCUGCAGGAGCAGGAGAAGCGGAUUGAAAUCUCCUGUGCCCUGGCGACCGAGGCCUCCCGCAGGGGCCGCAUGCUGUCUGUGCAGUGUGCCACCCCAAGCCCUCCCACCUCCCCUGCCUCCCUGGCUCCGCCAGCCAACCCCCUGUCGUCUGAAUCCCCACGGGGCGCCGACAGCAGCCAAGCCAUGCGGCUCUGAGCUCUGACUGCAAGCCCUGGCUGAGGCCAAUGCUGCGAAACUCCACAGAGCCACGUGCUGAGGCUGUCCUCUGCCCGCCGGAGGUGCCGGCUCCCCACCCUGGCCCCAUGCCCCUGCGCUCCCAUGGGGCUUCCCCAGGGAGCCAGGCUGGGGCCAGGAAUGCUGCCAGGAAGAACAUGGACGCCCGGUGUCCACACACCCACGGCACGCGACGCUGACACCCUCGCUGCUGCUCAUGCCGUGGUCCUGGGCCAGGCCUGAGAUGGCGGAGUGGGAGCGCCAUGCUCUGUGACGCCCAGGUCACCGGGAGCCUCAGCCUGGCUCGGCUGGGGCUGCGCUGGCCCUACUGGAACACUCCCUGGGAGCCACCUGCCCUCAGCUGCCUUGGUCAGGGCAAGAGGGGAGAGGAGACCAGUGCUGUGCCUCUCGGAGCGGGGCCUGAUGCUGAGGACAGCGCCGGCCCCACCCUGCAGCCCAGCCGCCCCAGGGCUUUGAUGCAUCCCAGCUUGGGGGGAGCUCCCCGGGGGUCUGGCGGAGACUAAGCAGCCUGCCUGAGCCAAAGACCAGACGAGAGGAUGACAGGCUGCCAGCCCCAGAGGGGACAGUGCUGGCUGAGGACUGGGGACAGCAGGUCGGGCAGUGUCUGAGAGCGGGAGUAGCAGGGACAGGGACAGGACCUUGGAGAGUAGAGGGUGGGGACAGAGCCAGAGACAUUUGCAAGUGAUGAGGGAUGGAGGGAUGUGGCGAGGAUGAUGAUGGGAUUGGUUUCCCAGGGUGGAGCCUGGGCUUAUUCCAAGCACAGGGCUGGAAGGUCACCCCCACUCCUGCCGCCUUGGCCCCAGCAUCGGCAGGGCCCCAGCUGGGGGAGGGGGAGGCGGAACCACAGCCUGCGGCUGGUGCUGUCUGGGUCUGAGCCUGGUGUUCGCGUCCCCAGCCGGGCCAGGGGCAGAGAAAGGGAGCUGUGCUAGUAGGGUGCAGUCAGCCACGGGGUCCCCCUAACCAGCCUGUGUCCCAUGCGCCCUGGAGUGUGUUCAUGGAGGGGAGGGGAGAGGAGAGGAGCGAGGCCAGGCUCCCUUGACGGUUCACGUCCAGCCAGAAGCAGGCCCUGUCUCCUGGCCCCUUGAGAUGCACGCAGCCAGGGAGGAAGACGCUGGACUCCUUGGCCAGAGCUGCUGCCCGCAAGCUUCAGGCUGACCUCCAGUGGCUCCGAGAACAGCUGCUUUAUCUCCUGCUAGCUCCUCGCCCACCCUCCAUCACGGCUGGGGCGGUUACUGGCUCACAGCACGGCGAGGUGGCAGGUGGCUCAGCCAAUAGUGAGAGACACCGUGGAGCUCCAGGCACUGUUGGGGUGCUGAGCGAAAGGCUCCCCUGACCUUCGACCUUCACCUCUCCCAGGCUGUCCACGCGGCUCUGAGGCUGCAGCCUCUGCCCUACAGAUGACGGGGGAGGGGCCGGCCUCCGGUCCCGUCUCCCGGCACCCUCCUCCUGCCGCAAGAAACUGAAGUUUUCAGGGCCUUCCACGCCUCCCCCUUCUUCCUCCGUCUCCUUUUUUUUAAGUGACAUUUUUAGAAAUACACGUGUAAUAUACCAAGAAACCCUGUCUUCGUCUCCGCCACCUCUUAUUCCAUAAAGCUGGCUCUUUAUGUUGCUUCACAUGCCUUAAUAUAUGUUUUGUGGAGAUUCUACACAUUGCAGGUGUCUGUGUAAUGUUAGAGAGGCGUCGUCUGGAUGUCUGAUCCUUGCCUUCGGCCCCGCCCUUCGUCACUCCUGUGCGUCCGAUGCGGUUCCUGGCAUGUCUUCGCCGUCCCCCUUGCCGUUUUGAUCCAAAGAAGGGGAGAGGAAAGACUUAUUUUAAGACAGAUCUAUUUUAUGCUUCUGUUAGAAAAGCAAAUCUAUUUUCAAAAUGUGCAAUGUCUGGAUGGGCUGGGCAGAGGUGAGAAGAGACGGGGGUGGGGGUGGGGGUGGGGCGGCUGCCUCGGGGUCCCUACCCUGUGCCUUUCUGUCGUCAGCAAAGGGCUGGCCCCCCCCACCCCGGCUGGAGCUCUGUGCUGGAGCCAGGCCGCUCCUUUGCAAAUGUAAGGAGGUGAUGACCCUGGGGGGGACGCUCUGGGGGUGGGGGGUCCCUCCUGAAGCAGAUGUUUACAGUCAGAUGCAAAGGGGCAGCCACACCCCCACGGCCCCUGCAUGGCCUCCUUCCCCACCCUGCCAGGAAGGGCAGCCAGGAUGCCUGCCUGCUCCCGGCUGGGCCCACGGUGGUGCAAAGGCCGGGGGAAGCGGCUUGGGACCCGCUGCGCUGUCCCCGGGCCUGUGGCACAGACCCGUGGCGCUCCCGAGCCGCGCGCCUUCUCUUCCACCCCACCCCUCCCUGUCUGGUCUCCCUCUGCGCUGUUGUUGCGGGCUGGCGCCUCGGGCUGGUGUGCAGAUGGUGGCUGAGGAGGGUCCCGUGGACGAUGUAGCACCUCAGCCUCGCCCAGGGAGCCCCCAGGACUCUUCUGGGGCAGGCUAAGCUGCCUUCCAGACUGCUGCUCCGCCGUGGGCGAGGGGGCUGCUGCCUUGCAAGGAUUCGGGGCAGGAGGGCAGUCUCUGUCCAGAUCUGAAAUCCAGAGUCUGGGGCUGGCCUUACAACCCGGGCGCUCCCUGGCACCCUGCUCCCGGCCUAGGGUACAGGCUGCUAGGGGUGGACAUAACCAAGGCAGAGGCCCAGCGCUGAGGACCCCCCACCGGCGGGGAGCCCCAGUGAGUCACCCAGGGCUUCUCCAGUUAGCACAUACCUCCCUGAUCACCCACCGAGAGGCUGCCCUCAAACCCUGCUACUGUCACUUUAAAGAUUUUAUGAGGUCGCCAGCCACGCACGUGCGUGGUCUCCUGCCUUUGUGAGCGGCAGGGCUGAGCACAGCGAAAUGGAGUCCAUUCCUUUCCCUUUAUCCACCUUCCACCUGGCAGCUCUGAACACUAUGGAAAAUAUUAAUAUAUAUAUAUAUAUAUACAUAUCUCUAUUUAUGCACAUACGGGGGCCAAAUCGACUUGCUAGUGUUAGACAAUAAAACAUGCAAGGAACUGUAUGAUCUCAAUGUCUUUAUUUAGUAUGAAAGUGACCUUAGAAGACGUCACGGGUAGAGGAACUGAGGGGGCAGGACAGCCACAGCACCCCUCGGCGUCGCUCUGCCGGCCACCCUGUCCCCCGAGAGGACGAGUAGGUGACAUUCCCCACCGCCUCUCAGCAGCACCCCUUAUAGACUGAGACACCGGAGAAUCCCAGUGAGUUCUGCAUUUGUAUCUUGCAAGUUUGUAAAAACGCGAGACGGGAAAUAAAGUGAGCGGUUUGUACUCA